UUCGGUGAAGGCGUCUGUCCAAACCGACCAAAUGGCGGCGUAGAAUCAGAAUGGAACAACGCGGGCUCACUUGAUGCAGCAGCGCAGGCAAGCCUUUCGAUGAACCUGAACUCUAAUGCUCACGCGUCUCGGUGCGCCCAGCAAGGCCAGCUCUGAGCCCCCCGAAGUCGAGAGGCGAAAUGUGACCAUCUCCUGGACUUUGAGACGGCUCACGUCUCCCAGCUGGCCCCACAUGCGCUUGGCUGGUGUUUGUAUUCUUCUAGAAAAGACGCGCGCUUUGGCCUCGUCGCAAUUGCAUGCGACGCACGGCCCCCCACUCGGCGUUAGCCUCAUCCUCCCCGAUUACUUACUCGGACGCGCAAUCUGCACGCGGUCAGGAGGUGCUACGUCCCACGCGAUGCCCAGCUUGUCGAGGUCUACUUCCUCAAGUUGCGAUCGCGACCCGAUGGCAUCAUUCCACAUAAGUGCGCACGGCUCGCCGCUCGGAUCCCAACGCUGGGUGCGUGUCAAAGCACGAGCCUCUGGUCCGGAGAACACUCUGGCCCCAGGAAGCUUUCCAUUCGCCCACUCCCUUGCCUUUUUGGGUCUGAUUGUACGUUAAGGAUGCUUCACUUCGCCGCCCGUACGGCCCACGGAUACAUAAGAAGGACCGCCUCCAACUCUCACCCUCCGCAAUCACGUCAUGCUAUUGCGCGCGCUCUUUUCUUCUCACUGAUCAUUCUCAGCUCUGGCUAGCGGCGCGUCCCUGCUCGCAAUCUG